UUUGGGAACCACAAUACUGUCACAGAGUUCAUUUUCCUCACAUUUUCUGCUGACCCUCGAUUGGAAGAGUACUGUGUACUCUUCUUGGGGAUAUACUUCCUGACGAUAAUGGGAUACCUGAUAAUGAUGCUGUUGGUAAGGACUAGUUCUCACCUCCAUACGCCCAUGCACUUCCUUCUCAGUCACUUCUCUUUUGUGGACCUCUGCUUCUCUUCAGUCAUUGUGCUAAAACUGUUAGAGAACCUACUAUCUGAGAGAAAUAUCUCAGUGGAAGGCUGUCUAGUUCAGGUCUUCUUUGUGCCUAUCUCUGGAGGUACUGAAGUCUGUCUGCUCUCAGUGAUGGCUUUUGACCAUUAUGCUGCCAUCUGCCACCCUCUACUCUAUGGACAGAUCAUAAAUACAGAGCGUUGUAUGCAGUUUGUAUGGGGUUCCUGGGGACUGCGAUUUCUGGAUGCGCUCAUCAAUGUCUCUCUGGCAAUAAAAAUGGAUUUCUGUCGCACCCAAAUCAUUUCCCAUUACAGUUGUGAAUUACCCUCUCUCUUCCCUCUUUCUUGCUCAGAUGUUUCCAUCAACAUGAUAGUCAUGUUUUGUUCACUCAUCACACAUGGCCUUGUAACAUCCCUCUCAAUAUUGAUUUCUUAUGCCUUUAUUUUCUCUACCAUCCUGAGCAUCACCUCUACAUCUGGCAAAAAAAAAAAAAAAAAAGCUUUUUCCACAUGUUCCUCCCACCUCGUUGCAGUGACUUUAUUUUAUGGCUCUGCUUUUCUCCGCUAUUUCCUGCCAACCUCAGGAACCUCACUGGAAUUAAUCUUCUCUGUGCAGUAUGGGGUGAUCACUCCCAUGUUAAAUCCUCUCAUCUACAGCCUGAAGAACAAGGAGGUGAAGGCAGCUUUGAAAAGGACACUAGAAAAAUUCUUAGAAUGCAAAUAA